AUGGACAGGGACUCACAUUUAUUAGACAAGCUUAUCCACAGCUGUAAGAAAGAUCACAACACGAAGCUCCGCAGAAGCCAGUUAGGCGCAAUGUGGCAACAAAAUCCACCAGAAGAUAUAAGAGGUCUUCGAAAGUUUCCUCAUCAGGCAUCAAGGUCAAAUUCAAUGUUGUCAAUUUAUGAUUUCCCUACCAAAGUUUAUCUUCUAGGUUUGCUUCGGCGGCAAAGGGAUGGAUCCUUUCUGUGCCAAGAAGGCAAAUAG